AUGAAUAUGGGAAUGAAUCAGUCAAUGGGGCAGCCCAUGGGGACACAAAUGGGGCAUUUUGAGAACAUUUCUUGUGUGUAUUGUGGUGAGGGUCAUACUUUUGAUAACUGUCCUUCUAAUCCGGCAGCUGUAUGUUAUAUGGGGAACCAAAAUAGGAAUGGCCCUUAUUCUAAUUCCUACAACCCAUCAUGGAGGCAACACCCUAAUUUUUCAUGGAGUAAUCAAGGAGCUGCCCCUAGUACUCCUUCAAUGCCUCCAAGACCAAAUUUUCCACCGGGUUACCCCCCUCAAGCUCCACAACAAAGACCGCAACAACAGACAAUGCAAUCUAGCUCUCUUGAGAGCAUGUUGAAGGAAUAUAUAGUGAAGAAUGAAGCCAUGAUUCAGAGCCAAGCGGCUUCAUUGAGGAAUUUAGAAAAUCAAGUUGGGCAACUAGCUAAUGAGCUCAGAAAUAGACCCCACGGUACACUGCCAAGUGAUACCGAGAAUCCAAGGAGUAUGGGGAAGGAACAUUGUAAAGCUGUCACUUUGAGGAGUUGGAGAAGGACAAGACCGAGUCUGGGCAUGAGGGAUACUGCAAGGAUACCGCAGCAUUGUCAACCAGCAAGCUCAAUUUCAAAGAAGCCACCUCCAUUUCCUCAACGUUUUCAGAAGCAAAAGUUGGAUUCUCAAUUCAAGAAGUUUCUAGAUAUGUUGAAGCAGUUGCAUAUCAACAUCCCAUUGGUAGAGGCACUUGAGCAAAUGCCUAACUAUGUAAAAUUCAUGAAAGAUAUUCUUACAAGGAAGAGAAGGUUAGGAGAAUUUGAGACAGUGGCCCUUACCAAGGAAUGUAGCUCAUUCUUGCAAACACAAGCUGCCACCGAAGAUGAAAGACCCUGGGAGUUUCACCAUUCCAUACAAUUGGGGAUUGGUGAGGUUCGACCUACCACAGUGACUCUACAACUUGCAGAUAGAUCUCUUGCUUAUCCAGAUGGGAAGAUUGAGGAUGUCUUGGUAAAAGUUGAUAAGUUCAUUUUCCCAGUUGAUUUCAUUGUGUUGGAUUAUGAGGAAGACAGGGAGGUACCAAUCAUUCUAGGGAGGCCUUUUCUAGCUACUGGUAGAACUUUGAUUGAUGUGCAGAAGGGUGAACUUACUAUGAGGGUUCAAAAUGAGCAGGUGACUUUCAAUGUUUUCAAGGCUAUGAGAUUUCCAGAUGAGGUCGAAGAGUGUUCUGUGGUUUCAGUGGUAGAUUCUUUGGCUUCAAAGGAAUUAGAAAACAAUUUUGAUGAUCCUCUAGAGAGACUCUUGAUGUUUGAUUCACAUGUAGAGGAUGAGGAUGAAUACUUGGCUUGGCUAGAAGCUAGCUCACAAGGAUUGCAUACAAGAAAGCAUUUUGAAUCUUUGGAGCUCUCCUCAAGGUCUUUCGCAGCCCCUAAACCAUCAGUGGAAGAGCCUCCAGAGUUGGAAUUAAAAGCUUUACCCUCACACUUAAGAUAUGCUUAUUUGGGUAAGUCUUCCACCUUACCUGUGAUUGUUUCAGCUGAGUUAAGUAUGGAGCAAGAAGAAAAGUUGCUGGAUGUAUUGAGGAAGUUCAAGAAGGCCAUUGGGUGGACCAUUGCAGACAUAAAGGGCAUUAGUCCUUCUCUAUGCAUGCAUAAGAUUCUGUUAGAAAACAAUGAAAAAGGGUCUAUUGAAGGGCAAAGAAGACUAAAUCCUAUCAUGAAAGAAGUGGUGAAAAAGGAGAUUAUCAAGUGGCUCGAUGCAGGUAUUAUUUAUCCCAUCUCUGAUAGCUCAUGGGUCAGUCCUGUCCCAUGUGUACCAAAGAAAGGUGGGAUUACAGUAGUGGAAAAUAAAGACAAUUAG